ACUAUGACAGCAAACUCAAAACAAAAGCCUGUUAGUCCACGGUUUAUUACAUAUAGCUAUCCCAGUCCCAGAUUCAGACAACAACAAGAACAAGAACCCAUUUCGAAGCAAACCACGAAAAAAGCUUUCAUUCGUAGCAGAAAGAAGCAAUAUUUUUCAUAUGUCCUCCUCAGCUGACUUCUAUAAUAUACCCUCAUCACCGAGUCAGUCUCCUCGGCCCGGACAAAAGAAAGGGAGGAGAAAGAGAGAGAGGGAGAAGGUUUUUUGGUAUCAGAAGAAGGGAGCCAAAGGAAUUGUGGGUUUGAUUUGUUUGGUGGGUUUUUUUUUUAUUUUCAAUGGAUUUAUGGUUUUAAGGCUUCAACGUGAUGAUGAAAUCAGCGGCAAUAAAGAUGUGUCUGUUCGGAAUUCUUCUUCAAUUUCAGUUUCAAUUAAGGGAGAAUUGAAAACGAUUGGUAAAGGAAAAAGGCAGCGAAAGGGUACUUAUGAUAGGAUGUUGGCUUUGGCUGCUCAUUCCCUUGCUGAGAAUAAACGUGAGCCGAAAGAUUUGUGGCAGGAGCUGUUUGUUCCUGCUUCUGCUUGGAGACCUUGUGCUGAUCAUCGUAAUUGGAAUCAUAGUGAGGGAAAUAAUGGUUACAUUUUGGUCACUGCGAAUGGUGGGAUGAACCAGCAAAGAGUAGCUGUUUGCAAUGCUGUUGUUAUUGCACGGUUGUUGAACUCAACUCUUGUUAUUCCUAGAUUUAUGUACAGCAGCGUCUGGAGAGAUGUGAGUCAAUUCAGUGACAUCUAUCAGGAGGAGCAUUUUAUUAAUUACCUCACUCCUGAUAUUCGGAUAGUGAAGGAACUGCCUAAAGAGCUGCAGUCGCUAGAUUUGGAGGCAAUUGGUAGUGUUGUGACAGAUGCAGAUAUUGGGAAAGAAUCAAAGCCAAGUUUUUAUUUGAAAAACAUUCUCCCUAUAUUACUAAAAAAUAGAGUUGUCCAUUUUGUGGGAUUUGGGAAUCGCCUGGCAUUUGAUCCAAUACCAUUUCAGUUGCAGACACUUCGGUGCAGAUGUAAUUUUCAUGCGCUGCAAUUUUCUCCCAAGAUACAAGAAACUGGUGCCUUGCUCAUCCAAAGGUUGCGUAAAAAUGCUGCCCAUGCAGGGCCACUGGAUCAUCAUCUUAUCGGUCCUUAUGCAGAAAAAAAUCUGCAAGAGAAAGUGGGUCAUGCUGUCAAAGCUUCAAGAUAUCUAGCUGUUCAUCUGAGGUUUGAAAUUGACAUGUUAGCACACUCUUUGUGUGAAUAUGGUGGAGGAGAAGAGGAGAGGAAAGAGUUGGAAGCAUAUCGUGAGAUUCAUUUCCCUGCUCUGACACUUCUUAAGAAGACAAAUAAGCUACCUUCUCCUGCAAUGCUGAGGGAAGAAGGCUUAUGUCCCUUAACUCCUGAGGAAGCAGUACUUAUGCUUGCAGCUCUAGGGUUCAGUAGGAAGACACAUAUAUUCAUAGCAGGUGCAAAUAUAUAUGGAGGGAGAUCAAGAUUAACUGCUUUAACCAGCUUGUAUCCUAAUUUAGUUACUAAAGAGAAACUGCUUUCAGCAACUGAACUCGAACCAUUCAUGAAUUUUUCAUCUCAGCUUGCAGCGCUGGACUUCAUAGCCUGCACCGCGUCUGAUGCAUUUGCCAUGACUGACUCUGGGAGUCAGUUGUCAUCUUUGGUAUCUGGUUUUCGAAUAUACUAUGGUGGAGGGAAGAUGCCAACAAUAAGACCAAACAAGCGGAGACUUGCUGAUAUUUUCAGGAAGAACAACAGUAUUGAAUGGAAGAUAUUUGAGCAGAGAGUUAGAAAGGCAGUUAGACAAACUAAACAUGUGCUGCAAAGGCCAAAGGCUAGGAGUGUUUACAGAUAUCCACGGUGUAAAGAGUGUAUGUGCCUAACAGAAUAAUGUGUUCCUUAUCUGACAUUUGAUGCCAUUGUAUGUUCCAUUUUUUUAUUAAUCUGAUGUAUUUCUUUCUUUCUCAUUUCUGUAUGCGAAAGACAAAUUGGGGAAACGCCCAAAAUACUAAUAGAGUAACAUACACGAGACUAUCUCAAUAGAAAUAUUGCAUUCUUUCCCUUUCUUUUAGCUUA